UGAAGAGAACGAAGAGGAGGCACAAGCUGAGACUUGCGGGUAUUUGUACAAUGCCCAAUAUUCUCCACCCGUUCAUCAUAAUCAUGACCCUGCUGGUGGUAGCAACAGGGAACCAAGCAUCAAUAGACAAGACCACACAGUGGCCCCGAAUGAAGCCCACUAAGAAGCCUCCGCCUCGGGAUGAAGGUCCGUCAAAAUUGGGGUCCAUCUCCACCACUGUGAGUCCAACAGCAAUUGGCAUCACUGAAGAAGUUACAGACGCCAUGAUGGAUGCAUACACGAUUACGUCCACCGGUAGUACCACUUUUUCCAGUGAUACUUAUUCUGCAGACUACCACACGGAGGCCAUGGUUCCUCCUGGGGUGGGUCCUGGAAACUACACGCUGGACUACAACGAGUGCUUCUUCAACUUUUGUGAAUGUUGUCCACCCGAGAGAGGUCCUCCGGGGCCGGUUGGAGAAAAGGGAUUGCCGGGUAUUCCAGGGGGAAAGGGGGAGAUGGGACCUCCGGGACCUCCAGGUCAAGAAGGACUCACUGGUGCUCCAGGAACGCAUGGAGUAAAAGGAGAGAAAGGCGAUACUGGAGCGAGCGGGCUACCUGGGAUUCCUGGAGUUACUGGGAAACAAGGAGAGAAAGGUGAAUCAGGCCCUAAAGGAGACAAAGGAGAUACCGGUUUCCCCGGGCUGAAAGGAGACCCAGGGGAGCGCGGAGAGCCUGGCUGGAAUGGAACAAAGGGAGGGAUGGGUGAGCCUGGCAAACAGGGAUUGACUGGUCCUCCUGGACCAGAUGGCAUCAAGGGCGAGAAGGGCGACAAAGGAGACUGUCCAUUUGGAGAGAAAGGCCAGAAAGGCAGUAUAGGGGAACCAGGGCCUCAAGGGCCCAAAGGAGACCCGGGUGUGCCAGGAACAAAUGGAACAGACGGGCUUCCUGGAUCUAAAGGGCCAAAAGGAGAUCCGGGACCUCUAAGCAAGCAAGGAGAGCCUGGUCCACCAGGCCCACAAGGACCACCAGGACAAAGGGGGAUGCCGGGGAUGAAAGGCACAAGAGGUUUAAAAGGAGCACGAGGAAUUCGGGGAUUCAAGGGCUUUAAAGGCGAACCUGCCGUUCAGAAGCGCUCUGCAUUCAGUGUUGGUCUUUUCCCCAGCCGAUCGUUCCCGCCACCAGGACUCCCCAUCAGGUUCGACAAAAUCAUUUACAAUGAGGAGGCUCACUGGGACCCCAAUGCAAGUAAAUUCAACUGCACUCACGGAGGAGUUUACGUCUUUUCAUACUACAUAACUGUACGUAAUCGUCCCCUGCGUGCAGCCCUGGUGGUGAACGGCAUUCGGAAACUGCGAACGCGUGACUCUCUUUACGGCCAGGACAUUGACCAGGCCUCCAACAUGGCCGUGCUCCGUCUGUCAUCCGGAGACCAGGUUUGGCUGGAGACUCUGCGGGACUGGAACGGUGUGUACUCCAGCAGUGAGGACGACAGCACGUUCUCUGGAUUCUUGCUCUAUGCUGAUGCCACCAAAGACUGA